AUGGCUCACACCGACGUUAUGCAGGAUAUUCUGCACCUUGAACUCGCCAAUGCGCUGCACAUCAGCACCGAGGAGUUGAACCUCGACCAAUCAUUCCUCGUGCAGGGUGGAGACUCCCUCUCGGCCGUUCAGUUCCUUAGUAAAUGUCGUCUGCGUGGUAUUCACAUUGAUAUCGUGGAUACGGUGCAGUGCAAGACGCUUGCUGAGCUUGUUGAACGCAUCAUCUCCAAGCAUGAGAGCAAUCCACACAAUCUCAUCCUCAAUGAUCGCAUUGGGAACAGUGAUACGAGCACGUCUUCAUCAAGCUCUGAUGAUGCUGCUUCUGCUACGGGGUCUGAUAGCACUGAUACUGUUCCCGAUGCGCGGUUGAAGCAACUUGCUCAGGAUCCUGCGAGGCAGAUCGAGAGUAUCGGUCCUUGCUCGUCUAUGCAGAAUCGUAUCCUUAUCAGUCAGGCUGUUAACCCGGCUGCCUACCAGUGCCGAUUCAUUCUCAGUAUCAAGUCAAGCGUACCAGAUUCUUUGACCGCUUCACAUAUCGCAAACGCUUGGCCUCGCAUUGUUGCGCGCCAUUCAAGUCUGCGAACUACAUUUCUCGAGAGUGAGACUCGUCAGUCAACGUUUGAUCAAGUUGUCUGGACAGAAGUCAACCCCAAAGUCACCAUCCUCCAUGACGAAGCCCAAGUCAAAGCCGACGGAAUGCUGAACGCUUUUGAGAGCGGAAGUGUUCCCCAUCACAUGUACAUCUACGCCGCAUCCUCCUCAGAACUCAUCCUGAGACUUGAAGUCUCACACGCCGUCAUUGACGGCCGCUCUGCAGAUGUUCUCCUCUACGACCUCUGCGCAGCAUAUGAGAACCAACUUCCCGACACAAAAGCCAUGCCUUACACAGACUUUGUGCGCAUGGAGGAGGAGAGCUUCCAAGACGUUGAGCGCAUUGCGGAUUACUGGCAGAAUUACCUACGUGAUGCUGAGGAGACGUAUCUUGCAAGCGGUAACAAGCCAAAAGCCGGCCUUCACACGCUUCAAGAUCGUGUUGACAUUCCUGCUGACGAAGCUCGUCGCUUCUGCGAUGCUUACGGCGUUACCCUCGUAAGUGUCUGUCAAGUCGCUUGGAGUAUCGUUCUUCGUCUCUUUGCCAUGAAAGACGACGUUACCUUUUCCUACGUCAAUUCUGGUAGACAGACGGAUCUGCCUGGAAUUGAUGGAGCGAUCGGCCUGUUCAUCAGCAGUCUAUUACUGCGGGUCAAGUUCAAAGAUGACCCUACAGUCCUGGACAUGCUCAAGACUGUGACAGACGACGUCUUCCGAGGAAUGGCACACGACAAGGUCCCGUUGAUGGCAAAGGGAGCUAAGCUUCCUACGAGCCACAAAUGGGGAAACUCAAUUCUUUCGUUCCGAAAGGAGUGGAAGCCCAAGUCUACUGGGCACAAAGAGCUUGAGAUGAGCUUCUUACGAGGAGUCAGCCCUACAGAUUAUGAUCACUCCAUCAAUGUCGAGAUCGGCGAAGGUGGCAUCGCAGUUGACUACGACAUCUGGACAUCAACGACCUCCCAAGCAGACGCAGCCAAGAUGCUAAACUGCUUCCUCGAAGCAAUCCGCUUCAUCAUCGCCAACCCAUCUGCUCAAGUCAAUUCCUUCGACGGCAUCUCCUCCAAAGACGCCCAGCAUCUGCGUGACGUCAAUGGUGAAGGCCGAAAGCCCGUUGCUUCAUGUAUACACACCCUCGUUCAAGAGGUUACAGACCGUCAGCCUGAUGCCAUGGCGGUGUGUGCCUGGGAUGGAACCAUGACGUACCGAGAACUUGAUGCUGCGGCAAGUAGUCUUGCAGAACACCUUAUGAAGAUGAACAUUGGACCGGAGGUUAUGGUAGGCAUUUGUAUGGACAAGUCGCGGUGGGCGACUGUCUCUAUGCUCGCUGUUCUAAAGUCCGGUGGAAUCGUUCUCCCCCUCGGCGCAGAUCAACCACUUUCUCGUCUCCAAACUAUCCUCUCCGACACAAAAGCCCCCAUCAUCCUCGUUGACAACGCUCAGCUCAAUCGCCUCAAGGACCUAGGUCCCCAACAACUCAUCGAGGUCAAUGAAGCCCUUUUCCAAACCCUCCCCUCAGCUUCUCGCUCGGCUUGUGCCACUGUUUCUACAGACAACGCUGCUUGGGUCGUGUACACGUCCGGUAGCACAGGUACACCAAAGGGAGUCGUCUUGCAACACUCUGCGCUUUGCACGAGCAUAACAUCGCAUGGAACUGCCUUUGGCGUCAAGGGUGCGCGCGUACUUCAAUUCGCUUCUCAUACGUUUGACGUGACGAUCCAAGAGGUCUUUACGACGUUGUGUAUGGGAGGCUGCGUCUGCGUGCCAUCAGAAGAUGAUCGCGUCAACCGUCUCCAAGCCUUCAUCUCCUCCGCCAAAGUGGACUUCCUAUCGCUGACGUCCACCGUCGCCGGUCUUCUCGACCCCUCCCAACUUCCAUUGAUCAAGACCGUGAUCCUCAUGGGCGAACCCGUCAAGCCCGCUGUUCUCGAUCUCUGGAAAGACCAAGCCUCCGUUCUCGAAUCCUACGCCCCAUCUGAGUGUAGUAUCUACGCUACUGUAUCCCCCCAACCAAUGAAGCACAUCUCUCAGGUCUCUGUUCUCGGCAUCCCGCUCGCGAGUUGUUUCUGGGUCGUUGAUCCCAAGAACUAUAAUCGUCUGUGUCCAAUUGGCGCGCCGGGAGAACUCCUCAUCGAAGGCCCGCUUCUUGCGAGGGGGUAUUUGAACGAUGAGGUCAAGACGAACAAGUCGUUCAUUGUCGAUCCCGAGUUUGUGGGCAAGUAUGACCUUGGGAGGAAUAGACGGAUGUAUAAGACGGGUGAUUUGGUGAGGCAGAAUGAUGAUGGGUCUUACACGACGCUAGGCCGACAGGAUACGCAGAUCAAGAUCCGUGGACAGAGAGUCGAGGUUGAUGAGAUUGAGUAUCACAUCACCCGUCACCCUUCCUCUAUCCAGGCUGUUGUUCUGUAUGUCCACGGUCAGCUUGUCGCUGCGUUCAGUCUUCCCAGCGAUGGUGCUGCGUAUAGCGGUGCAGCGCUGGAUGGAGAGAACGCUGUAGACAAACCAGCUGCUAUGCUCGUCGCUUCUGAGGUCCAGCUUUACCUGUCUCAGUAUGUUCCUGAUUACAUGAUCCCUCGACUAUGGAUUCCCAUGGCCAGCUUGCCUAUCAACUCAUCCGGCAAAGCUGAUCGACGUCGCAUUUCCGAGUGGAUCAAGAACCUGGACCUCUCUGCCUACUCUGACCUCGAGCACCAAGUCGAAGAUGGUCUUCACGUAUCAUCCACGGAGCGACAGCUGCGCGAGAUCUGGAGUAACGUCCUGAACAAGCCCAUAAACCACAUCAGCUACCGUCGUUCAUUCCUCUCUCUCGGCGGUGACUCCAUCACAGCAAUGCAGGUUGUUUCAGCCUGUCGCAAGCAAGGCCUCAUCGUAACCGUGCGACAAAUCCUGCAGAGCCCAGCUAUUUCCGAGCUUGCGCUCCGAGUCAAAGAGGCAAGCGACAAGAUGGGCGACGAGCAACUGCCCAUCGAGAUCCCCGAUGAGCCAUUUGGUCUCUCACCCGCGCAGAAGAUGUUCUUCCAAGACAUUGCGCCCUCGGGUCUUCGAGCAGAUGGACCUCAUCGCUUCAACCAGAGCGUCUGCUUCCGCAUUCCUCAGGAUGUUGCGGCUAAUACUGUCGCUCGUGCGAUCGAGGCCAUUGUCACCAAGUAUGCUAUGCUUCGUGCGCGCUUCCAGAGUGAUCAAGUCAGCCAGGGCUGGCAACAGCGCGUCGAGAAGCAGAUCAUGGGAUCUUACCGGUUCCAGACGCACAAGGCGGCCGACGAUGCUGCGACAGAGGAUAUUAUACGUCACUCACAAGGGUCCUUGGAUCUUGAGUACGGACCUGUUUUCGCUGUUGAUGUCUUCGAAAUGGAAGAGGCUCAGCUGGUCAAUCUGACUGCGCACCAUCUUGUAAUUGAUCUCAUGUCUUGGAGAAUCCUCGCAGCUGAUCUGGAGCAUUUCCUGCGCUUUGAGACACUGCAGCCUUCUCUGUCGCUGCCCUUCCCUACUUGGUCCAAGGCUCUUAUGAACCAGGCCAAGGCUGUUGUGGUGCCUGAGGAGAGCGACGUCGGGUCCUGGUCUUACUGGAACCUCGAGCCUGGCUCCUUUGUUCGCGAAGACCAGAUCGUUGAAACUCUAGCUAUCGGCGCAGACACCAGCGCUCAAUUGCUGGGUCCCGCGAAUGAGUCGCUGCAGACAGGUGUUACGGAUAUUCUUCUCGCUGCUCUACAUCAGUCUUUUGCGGAAGUCUUUGCCGACCGAUCAGCACCGACUAUCCACGUUGAAGGUCAUGGUCGAGAUGCCGGCGGUGAUGUGUCUGAGACAGUCGGUUGGUUCACCACCGUAACCCCUCUCAAAGUCACAGACACCAGCACUGGCUUCAUCCCCAUCCUCCAACAAGUCAAAGACUUCCGCAAACUCAACGCCGAUACCAAAGCCAUCGAGUUCGCAGCCAAGUACAACACUCCAAAGACGUCUUCCCAGAACCACAUUGAGAUCCUCUUCAACUACCACGGCCAAUUCCAACAACUGGAUCGCGCAGACGGUCUUCUCAGCAUCCACAAGCUUCAUCCGUCCGAAACUUCAAUCGGCGACAAAGUACGCCAACAAGCCGCCAUCACAAUCGAAGUAUCCGUCGAAGCUGGACGUGUUUGUAUUAGUGUAGGUUUCAGCCGUAGCACGCCAAAGGGCAAUGCCGUGCGACGAUGGUUACAGCGCUAUGGAGAGGUUAUCGCCUCCGCGGUAAGUGAACUAAUGAGUACAGAACGGACGGCUACAGCAAGCGACUAUCCGCUUUCGCAUUUGAGCAGCGCCGACCUUGUUGCGCUGAAGAAACAUAUUCUUGAACCAACUAACAUUGCCUGGGAUGCUGUUGAGGAUAUCCUGCCUUGUUCGUCUACACAGCAGGGUAUCUUCAUCAGUCAGUUGAAGUCGCCUACUACAUACCGAUUGAGACAGACAUGUCGCGUCAUACCCACCGCCUCUGAUGGUGUUGAUGUCAAGAGACUUGGGGAUGCCUGGCGACAAGUCGUCAGCAAUCACUCCAUCAUGCGCACCAUCUUCACCAUGAUUCCUUUCAACGAUCGUUUCUACCAAGUUGUUCUCAAGUCCGUUGAGCCCGACAUCCGCUUUAUCACCUGCUUUUCUGAGGAGGAUGUGCACGAAUGCAUCGCAAGCCAUGCGCUGAUGGAAGAUCAUCUUGGUCGACCGUCCCAUCGCUUCUUGGUCAUCUCAACAGAAGAUGGCCAUGUCUACGGACACUUUGAGAUCAGCCAUGCUCUGGUUGACGCAUCAUCUGUCCAACUCCUUGUCAACACCCUUCUACAAGCUUAUGAAGGCGUUGCAAAUAUUUCUGGCUCUGACUACGGCACUUACAUCUCGUUCUUGGAACAGGGCUCCGAGGAAGAUGACUUGCGCUACUGGGAGAAGCGACUUGCGACCGUUGAACCCUGCCAGCUCCAACUCGGCGAGGAUCUCACCACCGCCGAGGAAGACGUGGGCCACUCAGUGUCUACCGCAAUGCAUGACAUGACGGCCCUCCAGAAGCUCUGCCAAUCCAACAACAUCACUCCCGCCAACGUCCUCCAACUCGCCUGGGCUCUCGUCCUUUCCUCCCGCACACAGCUCGAUGAGGUCUGUUUCGGCUAUCUCUCCAGCGGCCGUGACAUUCCCAUCGACGGGGCAGAUACACUCGUUGGACCGAUGAUCAACAUGAUCGUGUGCAACAUUGCGCUGGACCAUUCCCAAAACUGUGUCGAUGCCAUGAAGGAUAUACAGGAUCGCUUCCUUGAUAGCUUUGAGCAUCAGCGCGUGUCUUUGGCGACUAUUCAGCAUUCGCUGUCGAGUUCACAGCAAUCCCUCUUCAACACGACUGUUUCUUACGUCAGGGCUCCCGAUCUGAGCGGUGGAGCGCGCAAUAUCCAGUCCAUCCGCUUGGAGAGGAUCGCAGCUGAUGAGUCUACCGAGUAUGACUUCAACCUCAGCAUGUUGGAGACCGAGAGCGGCAUCGACAUCGCACUGCAGUACCUCCCCGGCGCCGCUUCCACAAAGACAGCCCAGCGUCUUCUCAAUCAUCUCAAGCAUGUUGUGCAGGUCCUUAGCACUAGCGACACUACUUCUAUCCUCGGUGAUCUCGAUCUCGUCGCCGCAGAAGAUAAGCAGCUCAUUACCGCCAUUAACCGCCAAGUCCCCAAGUCUCUUGACUCCUGCGUCCAUCUCCUCGUGCAGGAAAUGACCAACCGCCAACCCAGCACUGUCGCCUUCCACGCAUGGGACGGCUCAAUGACCUAUCGCGAACUCGGCCACGCCGCUAGCACUCUAGCCAAGCACCUCGUGACAAAUCUCAACGUUGGACCUGAAGUCAUGGUCGGUAUCUGCAUGGAUAAGUCCAUCUGGGCAGCCAUGUCAAUGCUCGCAGUCCUCAAAGCCGGCGGUGUCGUUCUACCCUUAGGCGUCCAGCAGCCUCUCUCUCGACUUCAGACUAUCCUCAAAGAUACACAGGCCUCAGUUAUCCUCGUGGACGCGAAGCAGAAGGCUCGUCUGGCUGGUGUUGACUCUGAGCUCAUUGAGGUCGAUCGCCAGUUCAUGGAUGGUCUUGUCCCCGCUGAAUUCGGGUUCUCCAAUCCCGCUGUGCAGCCAGAUAAUGCAGCUUGGGUCGUGUACACUUCUGGAAGCACUGGUGUGCCGAAGGGUGUUGUGCUGCAGCACUAUGCGCUGUGUACUAGUAUGCGAUCUCACGGUGCGGCUUUCAGCCUUGUUCCUUCGUCUCGUGUCCUGCAGUUUGCUGCGUACACUUUUGAUGUUACUAUACAGGAGACGUUUACGACGCUUUAUUACGGAGGCUGUGUGUGUAUACCAUCAGAGGAGGAGCGUCUCAAUGAUCUGGAGGGAUGCAUCGUGUCAAUGGACGUCAACUUCGUCUCCCUCACCUCAACAGUCGCUGGUCUAUUGUCGCCUUCCAAGAUGCCGCUAGUCAAGACCCUCAUCCUGAUUGGUGAGCCAGUCACGCCUUCAGUCUUGGAUCUCUGGAUGCCGCAGGCUGCAUGCUUGGAUGCAUACGGACCAUCCGAGUGCAGCAUCCAAAGCGCCAUCUCCCCUGAACCAAUGACAGAUCGUCGCCAGGCCAUGAUCUUGGGUACACCUUUAGAGUCGUGCCGCUUCUGGGUCGUUGACUACCGCGACUACAACAAGCUGUGUCCUGUUGGUGUACCAGGUGAACUCCUCAUUGAAGGCCCUCACCUUGCACGCGAGUAUCUCAACGACGCCACCAAGACCGCCAAUUCUUUCAUCACAGAUCCUGCUUUCCUUGCCCAUCUUGGUAUUGAGUCUACGGGUCGUCGUAUGUAUCGCGCCGGUGACUUGGUGCGACAAAACGACGAUGGUACAUACUCCAACUUGGGCCGACGUGACCAACAGAUCAAGAUCCGCGGCAAGCGUGUUGAAGUCGGCGAGAUCGAGUAUCACAUCUCACGUCAUUCCUCUGGCAUUCGCGCCUGUGUCGUCUUUACUACCAGAGGAUCCAGCGAUGGUCAACUCGUCACAGCAUUCAGCGUUCCCCAUGAUGAUAAAGCUGCGCAUGAUGAAACAGCGUACAACGGCAUCGCAGGCCGUGACGGAAUCGAAACAACAGCUGCACUACUACUCGCAUCCGAGAUCCAGAUGUAUCUGUCCCAACACAUCCCCGACUACAUGAUUCCUCGUCUUUGGAUCCCAAUGACCACCCUCCCCAUCAACUCCUCCGGCAAAGCUGAUCGCCGAGCUGUCACCGAGUGGAUCAGCAGUCUCGGCCCAACAGAGCUAGCCUCAUACUCUGAGCUCGAAAGCGCUGCCGAAGAGGCUUCUCUCAACGUCACACCCACCGAACAGAAGCUUCGCCAGAUCUGGGGCUCAGUUCUCAACGUCCCCAACGUCAGCUACAGACGGUCCUUCAUGUCGCUGGGUGGUGACUCCAUCACUGCUAUGCAAGUCGUCUCUGCGUGCCGAGAGAUCGGACUGGUUGUUACUGUUCGCGACAUUCUUCAGAGCCCUGCUAUAUCUGACCUUGAGACACGUGUCAAGGCUAGUGAUGGUGAGGUGUUCUCCGCUGAGAUCCCAGAUGGUCCUUUUGAGCUGUCGCCUGCUCAGAAGAUGUUCUUUGAGGACAUUGCUCCCGCUGGACUCAACUCUGAGGGAUCUUAUCGGUUCAAUCAGAGUGUUUGCUUCCGUCUUCAAUCUGAGGGCAUCAGGGAGGAGACCGUCGCUAAGGCUAUUGAGGCUGUUGUGACAAAGCACGCUAUGCUCCGCUCACGCUUCGUAUCUCAAGAGCAUGGAUACCAGCAGUGGAUUGAGAAACACGUCCCAGGUUCAUACAGGUUCAAGUCUCACGACGCCGCCGAUAAUACCGCCGUGCAAGCGAUCAUGCUCGAGUCACAGAGCACCCUCAAUCUCGAACACGGCCCUGUCUUUGCAACUGAGCUCAUCCAAACGCCAGAUCGCCAGCUGCUCUUCCUGACCGCUCAUCAUCUCGUCAUUGACCUCAUGUCAUGGCGAAUCAUCGCCAAGGACUUGGAGCAGAGUCUCCAGAGUGGUUCCAUGGUUACGUCGCAGUCUCUUCCAUUCCCGACAUGGAGCAACGCCGUGCUCCAGCAAGCCAAACCAAUCGAUCAUGUUGCUGAUGCGGACACUACGUCUUCUUGGUCUUACUGGGGUCUUCAGCCGGGCGAGUACAUCACAGAAGAUCAGGUUUUUGAGAUUGUUCAAUUGGAUGAGCAAGUUACUUGUCAACUUCUGGGUCCCGCCAACGAGCCUUUACGAUCUGGUGUCGCAGAUAUCCUCCUCGCUGCCCUAUCAACAUCUUUCCUCCACUCUUUCACCGACCGUACCGGUCCAUCGAUCUUCAUCGAAGGCCACGGUCGCGAUACUCAAGCUCUGGACAUCAACUACGAUCUCUCUGACACAGUGGGAUGGAUCACAACCGUCACGCCUCUUAACAUCUCCGACGAUACCAACUUCAUCUCCACCCUUCGCCAAGUCAAGGAUGUUCGCAAACUCAACUCCGGCCGUGAAGUCCUCGACUUUGCAGCCCAUCGCUCUAGACCUAUUGAAGUCCUCUUCAAUUACCACGGUCAAUUCCAGCAACUUCAGCGCUCAGACGGUCUUCUAACUCUCGACAAGCUUCAUCAAUCUGUAGGUCAACUUGAUGCUUCUGUUGGUGGGAAAGUCCGUCAACAUGCUGUUCUCAGCAUUGAAGUGUCAAUUGACGAUGCGGGCAAGACUCAUCUCGUGGUUGGAUAUCCUCGCCAUAGUCCCAAGAGUCAGGCCAUUCGUGACUGGCUUGGGGAGUAUGCUCGUGCUAUCGCGCAGGGUGUUCAGGAGCUUGCUGCCGCUGAGCCGAUGUGCACGAUCAGUGACUUCCCUCUCGCUCAACUAACCAACGACGACCUUGACACGCUGUAUCAGCACUGUCUCACGCCAGGUUCCCUCUCGUGGGCCAAUGUCGAGAACGUUCUUCCUUGUUCGCCCAUUCAACAAGGUAUUCUUCUCAGUCAACUCAGAGCCCCAUCUCGAUACCGUCUCAAGCAGACCUGCCGCAUUCUCCCUGCCGAUCCAUCUUCACCCGUCGACAUUUCACGACUUGCAAAUGCCUGGCAACAGGUCGUCGGACAGCAUUCCAUCAUGCGAACCAUCUUCACUGGCGCAUUGUCGCACCACGACCGCUUCUACCAGGUCGUUCUCAAGGCUUUGGAAGCUGACAUUCAGACCAUCGAGCCUUGUUCCAGCGAUGAAGAAGUCCAGCGCUUCAUCAAACACCACGCCCUACUUCAUGACCCCAUUGGCCGUCCUUCGCACCGCUUCCUUAUCAUUCCUACCGUCGAUGGACAUGUCUUCGGUCAUUUCGAGAUCAGCCACGCUCUCGUUGAUGCUUCUUCCGUCCAGCUCCUCGUGAACGACCUACUUGAGGCCUACGAGUCUCUUUCCCCCAAGAAGACAUCAAUCUCUCUAUCUCGCAGCUCGAACUACAGCAGCUACGUCUCCUUCCUCGAGCAACACCGACAAUCCGAACAAGAAGAUCUUCAGUACUGGAAAGAUCUUCUCGAGUCUGCCGAGCCAUGCCAUCUCCAACUCGGCCAGCAACACCACGACACCUCCGAGAUGGAAACAGGCCAUGCCGUCACAGCUCACAUCUCCGAUGUCUCCGUCCUUCGCGACAUGUGUCGCAACUACAACGUCACUGCUGCGAACAUCUGCUUUGGCUAUCUUUCCAGCGGUCGUGACAUUCCCAUCGAGGGUGUUGAAAGACUCGUGGGACCUAUGAUCAACAUGAUGAUCUGUUAUGUUCAACUGGACUACACCUCCACGACUGUUGAUGUUAUCCGACAGAUCCAAGACCGGUUCUUCAAAGGCUUUGAUCACCAGCGCGCUUCUCUAGCCUCAAUCCAACACUCUCUCCAAGGAACGCAACAGCAAACGCUCUUCAACACCACCGUUUCAUACACUCGCGUACUAAACAUGGACGGUACGACAGAGAACAACUCUAUCAAGCUUGAGCGUGCAUCGGCCGAUGAAUCAACGGAGUACGACUUCAACCUGAGCAUCCUGGAGAACGACCAUAGUCUCGAUCUGGUUCUUCAAUACAUCCCCGGUGUCUCAAGCCACGAAGUCGCGCAGCGUCUGCUCAACCAGCUCAAGCAUGUCCUCCAAGUCCUCAGCCAGCACACAACUUCCACCCUCGCUGAUCUGGACCUCGUCCCAACGGAGGAGAAGCACGCUAUCGUCGCUAAGAACAGAGAUGUCCCAGCUCCCGUGGCUUCAACCAUCCACGCUUUAUUCUACGAGGUUUACGAGCGUCGACCAGAUGGGAUGGCCGUCUACGCAUGGGACGGCGUCAUGACCUUCCGAGAGCUGGAAGUCGCCGCUGGCAAUCUCGCCGGUUUUCUCAUGGAUCUUGGUGUCGGACCAGAAAUCACGGUUGGUAUAUGCAUGGAUAAGUCCCGCUGGGCUGUAGUUGCGAUGUUGGCUGUGCUCAAAGCAGGUGGUGUUGUGCUACCCAUGGGCGUGCAGCAGCCGUUGCCCCGAGUACAGACUAUCAUCACCGAUACCAAGGCCCCAAUCAUCCUAGUCGACGACAAACAACUCGAGCGUCUUGCAGAAACAGGUCCUCGUCUAAUCAAAGUCGACGCCGCACUUCAAGAAACGCUCAAGCCUAGCUCAGCAGUCUGCUCUACCGUCACCACCGACAACGCCGCUUGGGUAGUCUACACGUCCGGAAGUACAGGAACACCCAAGGGUGUCGUUCUUCAGCACUCAGCUCUAUGCUCUAGCAUCCGCUCCCACGGCGACGCGUUCGGUGUGCGCGAUGGAUCAAGGGUUCUUCAAUUCGCGUCACAUACCUUUGACGUCACCAUUCAAGAGGUGUUCACAACGCUCUGUCAGGGCGGAUGUACUUGUAUUCCCUCCGAAGACGAGCGCAUCAACCACUUACAGGCCUUCAUCGCCAAAGCAGAGGUCAACUUCUUAUCUCUCACCUCGACAGUCGCAGGCCUGUUGGACCCCGCGCAGCUCCCUCUCGUCAAAACAGUUAUCCUCAUGGGAGAGCCCGUCAAGCCAGCAGUCAUGGACCUGUGGAAAGACCAAGCUAUCGUGUUGGAGUCAUAUGCACCCUCAGAAUGUUCCAUUUACGCAACCGUUUCCCCGAGACCCAUGAGGCACAUCAGCCAAGUUCCCGUGCUGGGUGUCCCACUCGCCAGCUGCUUCUGGGUCGUCGAUCCAAAGGACUUCAACCGCCUUGUGCCCAUCGGUGCUCCUGGUGAGUUACUUAUCGAGGGACCACUCUUGGCACGCGGGUAUCUCGGCGACGAAGUCAAGACGGCGAAAUCAUUCCUGAUUGACCUUGACUUCACCAAGCAUCAUGGUCUUCAGCCUGGAAGAAGGAUGUACCGAACAGGCGAUCUUGUCCGACAGAACAGCGACGGGUCGUACACAACCCUUGGACGUAGAGACACACAGAUCAAGAUCCGUGGCCAACGUGUUGAAUUUGGCGAGAUUGAAUACUGGGUUGUGCGCUCAGCGCCUGAGAUCUCUCAAGCCACUGUUAUGCUUCUCGAUGGUCCUGCUGGUCAAUCUUCAGUGCUGGCUGUAGCGCUAGAAAUUGCCGAUGGCGGGGAGAAUAGCGCUGUGGAUAAUAAUCUACAGGGCUUGUCGCAGGCUGAUUUACUGGAGCCUACCAUCACCAUGCGAGAGUCAUUCGAGGAAGUUCGAGGCCAUCUCAUUUCUGUUCUGCCGCGAUACAUGGUCCCGGAUAUCUUCAUCCCCAUGUCGCGAUUGCCUCUCAACUCUUCAGGAAAACUUGAUCGUCGAGCAAUUGACUUGUUCCUGAAGGGUAUGAAGCCAGAAGAGCUAGACAUUUACCGCCCCAAUGCAGCAGCUAAAGCAGAUGUAUCUACCGAGACCGAACGACAGCUCCAACAGCUCUGGGCCAGCGUUCUCGGAAGACCAGCCAACACCGUCGGAGCCAAAGACAGCUUCUUCCAUCUCGGCGGCGACUCCAUCACCGCGAUGCGACUCGUCGAGGCAUCGCGCAGCACAAACAUGCUCCUCCGCGUCGCCGACAUCUUCGAACACCCUCGUCUUUCUGAACUCGCCAGCAUUCUUGACUCACGAAUGGCUGAGGGCCACGACCAAUCAUCGCUGGCGUCAAUCCCGGCGCCAUUUUCUCUCUGGCCCGAACACGGCUCCGAGAAAGAAGUGGGUCUCCGUGCCGACAUUGCGGAGCGGUGCGGAGUCAUGGCCGAGCAGAUUGAGGAUGUUUAUCCUUGCACGCCACUUCAAGAAGGAUUGCUGAUUGCGACUGCUCGGCAACCGACGGCGUAUACCAGUCGAAGAAUCUUUUCUUUGAGUGAUGAGAUCAAUGUGGCGAGACUGCAGGCUGCUUGGCAGAAGAUGGCUGAAGCGGCGCCUGUUUUGCGAACCCGUAUCCUACUGGGUCUUGCCUCUGGUUCGGUACAAGUUGUUGUCAACGAACCACUUGAGUGGCACACUGCUUCUUCGCUCGAAGAAUACAUCGACCGCGAUAGUGCAUUGAGCAUGACCGAAGGCAAACCUCUCAUGCGCUUCGGUAUCAUCGAGCCUAAUGGUGAACGUCUUCUCGUCUGGACAGCUCACCACAGCGUGUACGACGGCUGGAGCUUGACAAUGAUGUAUCGCCAAGUCUCCAACAUGUACUGGCAUGACGCAACACCGCUCUCAGCACCAUACACGCCAUUCAUCGCCUAUCUAGGCCAAGCCGAUGCUACGCAAGCAGCGGGCUAUUGGCGUGAGCAGCUUCAGGGUAACCCGACUGCAUUCCCUGCUCUGCCCUCCGUGCGAUACCAGCCUCAGCCGCGACAGAAACUCGUGCAGAGUCUUGACUUUGUGAGAAAUGGAAAGUCUGAGGUUUCGCCGUCAAAUCUGUUGCGUGCUGCUUGGGCGCUCAUGAUUGCGCGGUAUUCCGGUAGUAAUGAUGUUGUUUUUGCAGUCACGCUGUCGGGAAGAAAUGCGCCUGUGCAUGGGAUUACUGAGAUGCUGGCGCCAACCAUCACAACUGUGCCUGUGAGGAUGCGCAUCAAUUCAUCCACCAAUGCUCGAGAUUUCCUUCAAGAGGUGCAGCAGCAGGCGACAGAAAUGAUUCCCUUCGAGCACACUGGCCUACAGCGCAUCGCAGAGCUUGUCCCCGACGCAGCCGCUGCGCUUGACAUGCAGCACCUCUUUGCCGUUCAGCCUGCUGCAGAGAGCGACGAUGCAUCAGCCGAUUUCCCUGGUCUUGUGCACCGACAGGACAUGUCUGAGCAAUUCGAUGACUACGCGCUUACCGUAGAGUGCAGCAUCGGGUCAAAGGGCAUCUCAAUCGAGUCCCGAUUCGACGACGCUGUUAUUUCAACUGCCCAGAUGCAGCACAUGUUGCAGUCCUUUGCUCAUAUCGCCAGUCAACUGGAGCAAGCUGAGAGUGCACCCGAAGGCACAAAGCUCUCCGACAUGGACACUCUGAGUCCUCAAGACCUGGAUCGCAUUCUCUCUAUCAACAGCGGCCCCAUCCCCAGCGUCGAUCGUUGCGUUCACGACCUCAUUUUCGACAUGGUAUCCCACCAACCCGACGCAACAGCCAUAAGCGCAUGGGACGGCACGCUCACCUAUAAGCAACUCAAGCAUCUCUCUGGAAAACUCUCUGACCAUCUCGUUAGUCUUGGUGUUCGUCACGGCACCAGCGUUGGCGUCUGCAUGGAUAAGUCCCAAUGGGCUGCUGUUUCAAUGCUCGCCAUCUUACGCGCCGGCGGUGUCGUCGUUUCACUAGGAGUCCAACUCCCCCUUGGACGUAUUAAACUCAUUGUCGAUGAUGCGAAGGUCAGCGUUGUACUAGCUGAUCAGAAGCAGACUGAGCGACUGGAUGGCUUGGGCUUGACGAUGUUCACUGUUGAUGAGUCGCUGCGCAAGAGGGUCUCUUUCAGUGAUGUUGGCAUCCCAGACAAAUGGUAUACUCGCGUCACCGAGAUCAAUGUCAAUCAACCAGCCUGGAUCGUGUAUACCUCCGGAAGCACAGGUACACCAAAGGGCGUGGUUCUUACUCAUGCCGGUAUCUCGUCUAGCCUGGACAGUCAAAAGAAGGUCUUUGGUCUCACCAAGAUGUCACGAGUGCUUCAAUUCGCAGCACAUACCUUUGAUGCUACUAUCCAAGAGAUCUUCACCACGCUGUCUGCUGGAGGAUGUGUCUGCGUGCCCUCUGAAGAUGCGAGGAUGAGUGAUCUGCAGCAUUUCAUCAUUGAAAGGGCUGUCAACUUCCUGUCUAUCACACCCACGGUUGCUGAGCUUCUCAAGCCGUCGCAGCUACCGAACAUCAACACGGUCGUCUUGCUUGGUGAACCUGUCAAGCCAUCAGUUCUCGACUUGUGGAUGGACCACCACGCAGACAUUCUUGGUGGAUACGGCCCAACCGAAUGCUCCAUCUACGCAAUCGUGUCAGCGACUCCAUUCACGGACAGGAAGCAGGCCAACAUACUCGGCUCUCCUCUACCAAGCUGUCGUGUUUGGGUCGUUGAUCCCGAUGACUACAACAAACUCUGCUCAAUCGGCGCCCCGGGUGAACUUCUCAUUGAAGGUCCUCAGGUCUCGCAGGGCUAUCUGAACGAUGCAGCCAAAACAGAUGGCGCGUUCAUCACAGACCCUGGCUUUACAGCGCGUUACGGCUUGGGCAGCGGACAUCGCAUGUACCGCACUGGCGACUUGGUUCAGCAGAACGACGAUGGCACAUACACCAAUCUCGGUCGUCGGGAUACACAGGUCAAGAUUCGCGGUCAGAGAAUUGAGUUGGGAGAGAUUGAGUACUCAGUGGUACAAUCAUCGGAGGACAUCAGAUCAGCUGCGGCUGUGUUUGUUAAGAGGGAGGAUAGACCGACAAUCGCAGUAGCGGUGGAAGUUGGAGAAGAGGUUGGAGAUGGAGUAUUGGCUCCCUCAGAGACGCUGCGAAAAGCUUCUGAGGAGAUUCGUUUCAAGCUCGCUGAGGUGUUGCCUCAGUACAUGAUUCCCGAUUUCCUUAUUCCUAUGGGUAAGUUGCCGGUGAACUCAUCAGGCAAGCUUGACCGCCGGGCAAUUACUGCUGUGCUGGAGGAUAUGGAUGGUGGUAAAUUGGAGGAGUAUCGCCUUACGAGAGGCGCUCAAUCGGCUCCUGUCGCGACAGACAUGGAGAAGAAGCUCCAGCAUCUUUGGAGCCAGGUGCUCCGACGACCUGUGGAGUCAAUCGGCGCAAGCGACAACUUCUUUCAUCUCAACGGAGAUUCACUUGCUGCCAUUCAGCUCGUCGCAGCUGCUAGAGCAGUUGAUCUCGAGAUGACCGUCGCUCAGAUCUUCCAGAGCCCAGUCUUGAGAGAACUUGCUGCACAUCUCGAGCAAGCUACGCACUUACACGACGCAACAAGCCAUCAUAUUGAGGCAAUCGAACAGUCAACGCAAGAGGCAAUCAAAGCUUCCCUUCCCAGCACCUUCGGCGUUGAAAGGAUCCUUGAAACAACCGAGUUCCAGUCUCUUGUCCUUCAUGAACAUACACAGGGUCGAUGGCUCAUGCACGCGACGGUUACAUACAACCAAAAGGUCGACAAGCAGCGCGUCCACACAGCGCUCCAAACCACAGUUGACAAGAACGAAAUCCUCCGAGCAGUCUUCACCCAACACGACGGAAAGUCCUAUCAAGCCAUCCUCAACACGUUCAGCGUUCCCUUCGAAGAACGCAUCGCCUCCACCGACCUAUCCACCUUCUGCAAAUCUCUCAUCCAGGAAGAUCAGAAGAAACACCUUGAGCUUCACGAGCCCCCCUUCAAGACAUGGUUCGUUCAAGGCGAGCAAAAGGACAGUCUUGUGAUUAGGAUCUCCCACGCGCAGUACGAUGGCAUGUCGCUGCCGAUUUUCUUCCAGCAGCUUCAGGCGUGGGGUGAAGCUGAUGUUGAGGUUGAAGCGCCGCGACAGAUGUCGUAUUACACUGAUGCUUUGAAGGGGAUCGAUGCCAAGCCCGCGAUGAAGUUCUGGGGCGAUUUGCUGGAAGGCUCGAGUAUGACUGGUCUCCUUGGUGUUUCGCAAACAAGCAAGGCUAUGACUGGCUCUUAUAUCGUCAAGACGGUGCCAUCGCCAAAGGUUGAAGGGUCAGGACUCACGGUGUCAUCGUACCUCAAGGCCGCUUGGGCAAUGGUCCUCGCCAAAGCAACCGGAACAUCCGACGUUGUCUUCGCACACCUCGUAUCAGGUCGCUCUCUACCAAUCGACGACAUCGAAAAGGUCAACGGUCCAUGCGUCAACCUCAUCCCAAUCCGCGUCAACACCGCUCAACCCCAAGCUACCAUUCUUCAACAAGUCCAUCAGCAGCACAUCUCGGCUUUACCUCAUGAACAUCUCGGCUGGGAGACCAUCUUCCGACAGUGCACAAACUGGCCGACUUCUAUAGACGUGCCUCGUUUCUCUUCUAUUCUGCAGUACCAGAAUCUGCCUGAGGCUCAGAAGAGCUUUGGCAUGCAUGGUGCUGAGUGUAGUGUUGACUACACUGUUGUGCCGCCUAAUGUCACGGAUGUUUGGGUCACAGUUGAGCCCAAGGGUAGUGAGAUGAGCAUUGUGGCGGGAUACUCGGAGGAUGUUAUUCCGUCGGAGGUUGUGGAGGGAUUGAUGGAGGAUCUUUGUGAGGUGUUGAAGAGCAUCCAGGCUUGA